CAUUUCUAGCACAGUAAAAUAAGUGAAUUUAGAUUUAUAAGCAUACAUAUGAAUGUAUAACUAACCUAAGGAAAAAUUGUAUACCGGCAAUUAGUAAAUUUAUUUGCUGAUAAUAUCUUUUACAUAUUUGCUGAUCGCACAACGCACACAGAUAAUGCAAAACAGAUGACAUGCAAUAUGAAUUAUUAUAUUUCCAAGUUAAGCACCUUAGAGUUAACUAUAAAAAUAUGUGUGUAAGUAUGUGCGCUUAAAAAUUAACCGCGAACAAUGGAAUGCAUGGUUCAAUACAAAUUUUUUUUUGUACAUUACGAGGAAAGCGCCGAAUCUAGGAAGAUUAUCUUACGAAAUGAAGUAAAAAUGUAGGCACAUAUGCAUGGAUGUACAUAUAUGCGUGUAUAGUAUAUGCACACACGUAUGUACAAUAUAUUACAUAUAACACAAAUGUGGGAAAUGUUUUACUUUUCGAUGAUAGUCUUCAAAUGACGAAUUAACAAUAAAUACUAAAUUUAAUGUAUUCGUGUGCACGAAAUGUUCUCAAGUAAUUUUGUUAUCUAGCUGUUCUAAGCUAUUCUAAUUCUAACAAUUUUAGUAUAUUCUAAUUCUUUGCACCUAUAGGAUUUCUUUAAAAUAUGCGCUUAACAGUUCUAUUAAUAUUUUUAUACGGAGAAGCAAUAAAUUAUGUUGCAUGCAAUGAAAAACGGUCUACGGAUUGUGGUAAUUUGUCUGAUUGUGUUGCUGAAAAACCAAAUAUAUGCGCAUUGGACAAGCAAAAUGUGUGUUUCAAAUAUUUUGACUCCUUGUGCCAUUUAGAGUAUGAGCAAUGCAAACAGCAACUAGAGUACUUAAUUUAUUUGGACAAAUACUGUGAGAAUGACGCGUUCAGGUGCAUCAAAGAAAAGGAAGAUUUUUCGGAAGCUGCAGCAGUCCACUUAUAAUUCCAUAUAACUAACUAUAACAACAAUUUUUGUAUAGCGCUAAUUUACAGCGUCCAAUUUAUAGUCACUAACCUUUUCAUUACACAUUCACUUGUUUAAAUAUUGGGUGUGCAACUAAGUUUUAAAGGUUUUUUUUCGAUUUCAAAAAUUUAUUGUUAAAAAUUGGUACAACCUAUUUUAUCCAAAAUACUGUCCAUCACUAGCUAUAACUUUUUCCCACUUCUCUGGUAAUGCAUGGAUUCCGUCCCAAUAAAACUGCUCGCUUUUGGAGGCGAAGAACUCAUCAAACCAAUUUUGUAUACCUUCAACCGAAGUGAAACGCACUCCCGUAAGGGCAUUCUGCAUCGACCGGAACAAAUGGUAA